UUUCCGCAGUCUGUGGCAAUCAGAAGGCCCAGUGGAUUAUUGUGUGUCUCAAACGAAACCCAAACCGUAUUUAUCCCGAAACGCAAUGAGGCAAGGUGAUUCUCGUCUGAGUUGCAUCGAAAUCGGGAAUAACCAGAAGUCCUCGUUCAGGUCGCCACCUAAUCCUCAUCCGAUCCGGCUGUAAAUCCCCGUCGUCAGUUCAUUGCUUUCGGACAACCAGUCUGCCGAAACAUCCAAUGCCCGUUCGAAUAGAAAAGCAAUCGCAGUAGAAAGGUAACCAUAAGCCAGCGGAAAAAGGAGGAGCAGGUGGACCCAGAGACGACGGCCAUGGCGCCAUUCAAGCUCAAGUUCCGGAUGGGCAGUUCGCGGAGCACCUCGCAGGAGCACGAUCCCGAUCCGCAGGUGAACGAGGCGCUCCUGGGCGCCCAGAGCCAGCAGCAGCCGCACCCGCAGCCCCUCCAGGAGGCGGUGGAGGCCAGUAGCAGCUCCAGCCUCGAUCUCGCGGACUCCAGCAGUCUCGGCCAGCUGAACAGCGAGCGCAAGCUGCUCCUGCCGCCCACCACCAACACCAUGCGAAUGGGAUAUCUUAACCAGAGCCGCACUCCGUGCAUCAACGAAUCAUUGACGGAUACUGAUGGGGAUACCGUGCCCACCACUCCACCGCCUUCCUACGAGCAUGUGCUAGAAGAGAACACUCGGUUGUCCCAGCACCAGCGACAGUUGUCCCUGGACAGCGCCACUCCGAAUCAGAACAGCCGGCGCAGCUCGGCGAACAGCUCGCGGCACAGUGCCGCCCAGCUGAGUGCCGCCUUGGAGCAGCUGGCCGGGAAUGGAGCAGCUGGCGCCGGUGACUUCUGCAAUGACCCCGACUGCAGGCAGAAUCUGAACAACAACGGCGCCACUAGCCACAGCAGCAUCCACAUCCAGAACGCCAACAACAACAACGACGGGGAGCAGAUCUUCGAGGGCGUCACCGAACUGGAACUGCGGAGCGACAACGAGGAGCAGCUGAGCAUCAACGAGUUCCUGCUGGAGACGGAGAUGGCGGCCUCGCCAUCGCGCCGCACGGAGGAUCGGUAUGCAGGAGGAGGAGCAGGUGGAGGAUUGGAUGAGGAUCAAUGCGGCCAGUGCCAGGACGACCAGUGUGCCCAGUGCAGCGAGGAGCGAGCCUGUGGCGAGGGUGCUGGCCACGAGGCGACCUUCGACGGGGAUGGGGCCAGCACCAGCAGCCAGGCGGCGGCCUCAUCCGGAGGUGGCCAUAACUUCUACGAUCCUCUCCUGAAUCGUGGCAGUUAUUCCAACUACAGUGAAGGUGGCAACGCGAGUUCGGGAUCUGGAUCAGGUCAGUUGUGCCAGGAGGCCUGCUGCACCGGCUCCGCCUCAGGAUCGACUGCAUCGCGGAGCGGGCGGAGUGGAAGGCGGCAGAACCAACUGGGCCAGCAGCCCAAUUGCCACACCAGUCUGCUCACCCCGGAGAUGAUGAGCAACAAGACGAGCAAGGAGAUCUACAAGGACCUGGCCAAACAGUGGGGAAUCACCUGCAAAAUGUCCGAGAGCUGUCGGUGCAUGGAGUGUCAGAGCCACUACUUCGACUGCGACUACGAUGAUAAUGAACACCAGAAGACGGAUGGCGGGUUGGGCGCAGGCACGCCCAUGUUUAUCAGCGAGGUGAUGCACGGAUCUGGAUGCAACAUUUUGUAGGGGGACUACAUCCGAAGGACUCCCCAAGGAUUUGCUGAACAACUACAAUUAUUUAUCUGCAUUGUACAUGUUUUUGAGGGAAGCGUCAUUUCACGUAAUUAGCACUGAAUGUUUGCACAUUAUUUUAAGGUAAUGCUGCACUGAUAUACGUUAUUAUAGAGGGAAUCGGGAAUCGAGGGAAGGAACAUUUAUGGAAUGCCAAUUGGCCAGCCGCUUUAGGGGCUUUAAAAGUGGGGGAAAACUACCAGCGAAUCAAGCGGUAAAUAUAUAUUUUUGGUGUUAACCGUAGGUCUUAGGAGAAUCAGAAUGGACAAUUAGGAAUGGAGACGAAGAAAUUACGAAAUUAAUUGAUAGGUAAUAUUACCCACCUUGCAGAUGAACAUCUAAAUAUCCUUGAGUGUGUUCUUUAACCGCUUUAUCGGUGAAUAUUUGGACAUUUAUAUAUCCCAUUCAAAAGACUCUUGAACAUUUUUUUGCCCAACCUUUUGAGCUUGUCAUCCCGACUUCUUCAUAGGAAUUCCCCUAGCUGCUUUACCCCCAUAAUAUUUAUAUGUAUUUUUCUAAAUGUACAGAUUGAACACGACCCCAGAAAAGGUCAAGAGUAAGAUGAGCGGCAUUCCAGUGCAUUUUCAAAUCGAACUCUAAGCGUUUUCAAAACCAUUUUAGGAGAGUUCCAGGCGAAAGUACGUACUCGUAAAACCGGAAGGCCCGCAUAGGUAACGCUACUAGUCAAUGUUAUCCACAUCAGCAAAACCGUAGAAUAAGCAUGUCGGCACUUUUGUGCUCGUUUUUAGACCCAAAUCGGUGGCGUUUUUGGGAAAAGAAAAAGCCUAGGCACUCAGCAAUCGCGAAACUAAGUUAACUUCAUCGAAAUGACGAUACGAACCUUACUUACUCGAACAAACGAAUAUGCAAAAGUUAGUCUGAAGGUUAAUAUGGUCCUUGUUUAGAAUCGUUAACUGUUCAAUAAUUGCUUUAUGUGUAUGCUAAAGAAUUUUUCCGAAGAUGAAGCUGGUUUCACUCGACAAAUCCACUCGAUUCUAUCUUGAAAAUUGCAAAACAAAAGAAAAUAAUACACGAACGAUAGCGAAGCAAAAACCGACUAAGUCUGUUAGGUGUUAGAUGGAAGUAGAAAAUUACAAGUAAAAUGAGUAGUAAAAUGGUAAGUCGAACAACCAUUCGAGGAAGCCCAGUACAUUUUCCAAAUAACUGUGUAAGAAGAGAGCCCAAAACUCGCAUCAGCCUAGAAAUUAAUUCGAAAUGGAUCGUAGGAAUUGUAAGGAUUGUAUUUUGGGUUCUAGGUUCUGGGUAUUCAAAGUUGGUCUCCUGUGCUUCAGAGCCCUUAGGCGAGAGCAUACGAAAAUAUAUAAAUUUACGAAUAUAU